CCCGCGCCCCCCGCCGCCCCCGCGCCGGCCCCGCCAUGCGCAGGGAGAUGAACGGGGUCACUAAAAGCCGCUUUGAGAUGUUCUCAAACAACGAUGAAGCUGCAAUCAACAAAAAACUGCCCAAAGAGCUGCUGCUUCGAAUUUUCUCUUUCCUAGAUGUGGUCACUCUGUGUCGUUGUGCUCAAGUUUCCAGGGCAUGGAAUGUCCUGGCCCUGGAUGGCAGCAACUGGCAGAGAAUUGACCUGUUUGAUUUCCAGAGGGACAUUGAGGGCCGGGUAGUGGAGAACAUUUCCAAGAGGUGCGGGGGAUUCCUGCGCAAGCUGAGCCUCAGGGGCUGCCAGGGAGUGGGGGACAACGCCUUAAGGACCUUUGCCCAGAACUGCAGGAACAUUGAAGUGUUGAACCUCAAUGGUUGCACCAAGAUCACAGACACCACCUGCACCAGCCUCAGCAAGUUCUGCUCCAAACUCAGGCACCUGGAUUUGGCUUCCUGCACCUCCAUCACCAACCUGUCCCUGAAAGCACUGAGUGAGGGAUGCCCGCUGCUGGAACAGCUCAUCAUCUCCUGGUGUGACCAAGUGACCAAGGACGGGAUCCAGGCGCUGGUCAGGGGCUGUGGGGGGCUCAGGGCCCUGUCCCUCAAGGGCUGCACCCAGCUGGAGGACGAGGCUCUCAAGUUCAUCGGUGCCCACUGCCCCGAGCUGGUGACCCUGAACCUGCAGACCUGCCUGCAAAUCACAGACGAUGGGCUCAUCACCAUCUGCAGGGGCUGCCACAAGCUGCAGUCCCUGUGCGCUUCAGGCUGCUCCAACAUCACCGACGCCAUCCUCAACGCGCUGGGCCAGAACUGCCCUCGCCUGCGGAUCCUGGAGGUGGCUCGCUGCUCCCAGCUCACCGACGUGGGAUUCACCACCCUGGCCAGGAACUGCCAUGAGCUUGAAAAGAUGGAUCUGGAGGAGUGUGUGCAGAUCACAGACAGCACCCUGAUCCAGCUCUCCAUCCACUGUCCAAGGCUGCAGGUCCUGAGUUUGUCCCACUGCGAGCUGAUCACGGACGACGGGAUCCGUCACCUGGGGAACGGCGCCUGCGCCCACGACCGGCUGGAGGUGAUCGAGCUGGACAACUGCCCCCUGAUCACUGAUGCCUCCCUGGAACACCUCAAGAGCUGCCACAGCCUGGAGAGGAUAGAGCUCUACGACUGCCAGCAGAUCACACGGGCUGGGAUCAAGAGACUCAGGACCCACCUGCCCAACAUCAAAGUCCACGCCUACUUCGCCCCGGUGACCCCCCCGCCCUCGGUGGGCGGCAGCCGACAGCGCUUCUGCAGAUGCUGCAUCAUCCUAUGACACUGGAACUCCUCCCAGAGUGGGGCUGGAGCCGCGCCCGGGCACUCCGGGGACAGCAGAACCUCGGAGGAGAGAUCCCGGUGUCACUGCUGGGCUGGGCUGGGAUCGCUGUGCCGGCUCCUCCCUGCGGGGAUCGGGCUCGUCCUGCUGGGAAUUCCUGGGGAAAACCCUGCGGGAAGGAGGGCAGGGCUCCCCCAGCCUGGAGGGGCUGGUGCUGCUGGGGAGGUUGGAGAAGGAGCCGAGGUCCUUGGAAAUGGGAGAGGAGAGAGAGGAGAGGGGAGGAGUUUGAACCUUGAAAUCCCAACAGAGCUGGGAAGCCCAAACAGUUCCAGGGUUGAUUGUCAGGAGGGGAGGGAACAGGAGCUGCUCAUUCCCUGGGAUCCAGAAUUCCCUGAGCUCCAGGAUUCUCUUGGGAUUCAGGAUUCCCCUGAGCUUCAGGAUUUCCCUAAGAUCCAGAAUUUCCCUGGGAUCCAGAAUUCCUCUGGGAUGCAGGAUUCCUCUGAGCUCCAGGAUUUUCCUGGGAUUCAGGAUUCUCUUGGGAUCCAGAAUUCCCCUGGGAUUCAGGAUUCUCUUGGGAUCCAGGAUUCUCUGAGCUCCAGGAUUCCCCUGAGCUUCAGGAUUUUCAUGGGCUCCAGAAUUUCCCUGGGAUGCAGAAUUCCCUGGGAUCCAGGAUUUCCCUGGGCUUCAGAAUUCCCCUGGGAUCCAGGAUUCCCCUAAGAUCCAGAAUUCCCUGGGAUCCAUAAUUCCCCUGAGCUUCAGGAUUUUCCUGGGAUCCAGAAUUCCCCUGAGCUCCAGAAUUCCCCUGGGAUCCAGGAUUCCUCUGGGAUGCAGGAUUUCUCUGGGAUCAAGGAUUCCCCUGAGCUCCAGGAUUCCCCUGGGAUUCAGGAUUUUCCUGAGCUCCAGAAUUUCCCUGAGCUCCAGAAUUCCCUGAGCUCCAGGAUUCCCUGGGAUCCAGGAUUUUCCUGGGAUCCAGAAUUCCCCUGGGAUCCAGAAUUCCCUGAGCUCCAGAAUUCCCCUGAGCUCCAGGAUUUCCUGGGGAUCCAGAAUUCCCUGAGCUCCAGGAUUCCCC